CGUUGUUUUGAACGCCUGUGGCAGCUGUGCAUCAUGGGAUUCAAAAUGGCUCCUAAGAUUGCAGUUUACCGGAGAUAACUGCGAUUAAACAUACAUUUUACUCUUUUCGGUUGUUGUGCCAGUAUAUAUAUCUGUUAUAUUAACUGUAUUCUUUCGCUAUGUCAACAAAAGCAGAGUCCAGAGUGUCAAGCUCCAGCUCCAGAAGAGAUAAAAGGAGGAGAUCCAGUAGCAGAGGACGAGAGAAAGGAAAGCGGAAGCGAAGCCGCAGCAGAUCCUCCUCCUCGUCCUCUUCCAGUUCAUCGUCAUCGUCUUCGUCUUCGUCUUCGUCCUCAUCAUCCUCUUCUUCAUCAGGUUCAUCACACUCAUCCAGCCGCAGCCGGUGUAGCUCUAGCAGUAGUGACUCCCGCAGUAAAUCUAGAAAGCAGUCCAAGAAAAGGAAAAAGGAGAAACAACACAAAAAGAAAGGGAAGAAAGAGAAGCGACAUAAGCGUAAAAAAAACAAGAAAGCAAAAGGAGGGGAGGAAAACUCAGGACCUGUACAGAUCUCCAAGUACUUGAAGGACCGGAAGAAAGGCAAGUACAGCAUGAUUUCAGGGAAAAAGAUAAAGAUGAAAGUAAAGAAGUCAAAGAAGGACAAACAGCGGGAUAAAAAUCGGGCAGAACUUCUUGAAUUCUUGAACUCUACCCUGUGAUUCCACUGUCAACUGCAGUUGUGGUGCUCAGGCUCGGACAAGUCAGCAGGACACUUACCAGGAGAUAAAUAAUGAAGGGUUUUCUGAGAAAGAGAUGAUGAACAUGACAUGCGUUGACACACAGGGAGAGCAAAGUAAAGAACUGUAUGUCAGUUCAGACCAUGAGCUAUAAUUUCACCAUGAUACUGCCUAAGUGUCCAGUUCUUCAGCUUAGUCUGAUAGCUUUUGUUAUACAAGAAAUGUUCAUGUUUGACGGUGUUGUUCUAAAUUUUAUCUGUGGGAAACCAGAUGAGAGGACAAUGAAAAUUAAGUCAAUCAGAGCGACUGGCUUCUCACAACUUUACUUGUGGUUUGAACAUCCGGUCACCCCAUUAAAAAGAGGUCUCCACCAGCUCUACCAAACUCAGCGAAAUGAGAGAGAUUGUCUUUUUUUUUAAUUACGUGUAUUUUUCUUCCUUGGCAAAACCAGCUGCUUACAUUACCCAUAAUGCAACUCAAUUGCUGACAGUUUGGUGGCAGUUAUUGUGGCCUUGAGCUGUUGGCCUCGAGCAGUGAAAAGCAGGCUUUACCUGCUGGCCAUGUGAAUCAUUCACUGCGUAUAAGACGGCCCAUGCAUUUUAUUUGCAGAUAACUGAUUGCCCAUGUUUCCACAAUACAUGCUGGUCAUGGGACCCAAAGUGUUAUCAGUGUGUACUGAUAUCAUAGUCUUUUUUAUGUGUGCAUUCUCUUUAAAAUGAUAUGAGAAUGUGCUCUGCGUUGUUUGAUAACUAUAUUGUUUCAGCAUCAUUUUUUUAGAAUUUCAAAUAUAAAUUCUCUAGUAGUCACCCUGUAUCAGUCAUUUGGAAAGCUUUUCAUGGAUGAUGGAGUAAAUAUAUUGUGUACUGUUGAAUUUUGCUGUGUGGAAAAACAGAAGAGAAAUGACAAUAAACUGCUGGAAAGAUUUUA